AUAUCUAUAAGGUUUUCUUAUUUGGUUGUGAUUUUUAAUUUGAUUCUUAAGUAUGAAUUGGAAGACAUGGGAAGAAAUGGAAAACGAUCUUGGUAUAUAUUAUCGACCAACAAAUCGGAAACUGGAUCGACGGAAAGGUCCAAUUGAGGAAGGACAAAUCAAUUUCAAAAUAACCAUACCGUCGACACUCAAGCGAAAAAUAAAACACGACGUCGAUAAGAAUUUAAAUGAAGAACUUAUUGAAAAUGCUGAUAAACAGCAAAAUACAGAAGAACAGUCGCACAGUAUGGAUCAGAUAUUUUCCUCUACUCAAAUAGGAGCAUCAGUGUCUCAUAAUGUGGAAGAUUUGCACUCUGUCAAACGACCAAGGCUCUCCCCUAUUAUUGCAAAAUCAAAACCUGCGGUACAUUCUACCUCUGUUAUAAUCAACCCUUCUGAUGAAGAAUCUGACUCUGUAUUCGAUAAAACUAAAUCUAGAGCUGACGUUUCGCAUAAAAGUAUUCCCAUCCAUGCAGAUGAAAACCUGGCACAAAGUAGUGUGCAUUUGGAUGUGGAAAAUUCCGUUCUAAGUGAUAAAAGUUUUGACAAUAGCAAAAAUGCAAGUAACAGAUUUGAUUUACCUGCAACUGCUUCAAAGCCCACAAAAUCAACGCAACAAAAUGAAAGCGAAAUGUUUUUGAUAAGUGAAUCUGCCACAUUGAAUGAAAGUUACCAUCAAGUAUUGUCAAAAGCUAAACAUUUCCUGGGAAAAUUUAAACCAAAGAAGAUUCCAUUGAAGGUUAAUAACAACCAAACGAAAACAAGCAAUACUGACAAACCAAGAAAGAUUAAACCACCAAAAGGGUUUGAUGGCUUUGCAGUUGUCCCUCCUAUAAAUCCAGCAUCCAGUAGUGCCAAGCACCGAACCACCUCAACCGAAGUGAAUCGAAUAUCGAGUAACCUCGCACAGUGGAGAUAUACACUGGAACAACGCUUACUGUCUCAGAGCAGUGAUUCAUAGUGGACAUAUCAUUUCCACAUUUUCUCUUUGCUUCUUAAUGCCAUUAAAUUGUUUCCCGGCUAAUUUUUGUUGAAAUUGCUGUUCUAUACCAACAGAGCUGUUUUUUGUGUUACAAUUGUUGUUUAUUAUUUUACAGUACAGAAUAUUUUUUGGGGGGGGAGGGGGUUGUUCCUAAAACUGCCAUUUGUGAAUUUUGUUAUCUUAUUAAAAUCAGAUUUAAAAAUUUCAUAUUUAUAUUUUGUAUUAGGUCAUGAUCACUGGGAUCACUUGUAUAUAGUUGAGAUAAUAACUUUCUACUCUGUAUAUACAAAUUUCAUUGAAGAAAGCAAAUACUCAACAAAAACAUGGUGGCAUCUGCUAUUUAUGUGUUAGACCUUAAAGGAAAGGUUUUAAUAUCACGUAACUACAGAGGAAAUAUUCCCAUGAAUGCAAUUGAUGCAUUUCCAAAGUUACUUCUUGAACAAGAAGAGGAAGGCACAUUAACUCCAGUGUUAAUGCAUGGUGACAUUACGUUUGUCUUCAUUCGGUUCAGCAAUCUUUACAUGGUGGCAACAACCAAUAAGAAUUCAAAUGUCAUGAUGAUUUCUUCUUUUAUGCACAAACUGUGCCAGAUUUUUGCUCAUUAUUUUAAAGAGUUGGAAGAAGAAAGUAUAAAAGACAACUUUGUCAUUGUUUAUGAAUUAUUUGAUGAAGUUAUGGACUUCGGGUAUCCUCAAUUUAGUGAUCCAAAAAUCCUACAAGAAUAUAUCACACAAGAAGGUCACAAGUUAGAAAUACAAGUCCGACCUCCUUCCACAGUAACUAAUGCUGUUUCAUGGCGUUCUGAGGGCUUAAAGUAUCGCAAAAAUGAGGUUUUCCUUGAUGUAAUAGAGUCCGUCAACUUGCUUGUAAGUUCAACUGGUAAUGUCUUGAGGUCUGAGAUAGUUGGAAGCGUCAAGAUGAGAGUUUACCUCACUGGGAUGCCAGAGUUACGACUCGGACUUAAUGAUAAAGUCCUCUUCCAGAACACUGGAAGAGGGAAGAGCAAAGCUGUUGAGAUGGAAGAUGUGAAGUUCCAUCAAUGUGUAAGACUCUCCAGGUUUGAAAAUGAUCGCACAAUCUCAUUUAUUCCUCCAGAUGGUGAAUUUGAGUUGAUGUCGUACAGGUUAAACACUCAUGUGAAACCACUGAUUUGGAUUGAAUCUGUGAUUGAACGACAUUCACACAGUCGUGUUGAAAUCAUGGUUAAGGCUAAAAGUCAAUUCAAACGUCGCUCGACGGCGAACAAUGUCGAAAUUCAAAUACCGGUUCCAAACGAUGCCGAUACACCCAAGUUUAAAACAUCUGUUGGGAGUGUUAAGUGGGUGCCUGAGACAAGCAAUAUUGUGUGGACCGUGAAGUCAUUCCCAGGAGGUAAAGAAUAUUUAAUGAGAGCUCACUUUGGUCUUCCAAGUGUUGAGAGCGAGGAACUUGAGGGAAAACCUCCAAUCAGCGUCAAGUUUGAGAUUCCUUACUUUACAACAUCCGGCAUACAGGUAAGGUAUUUGAAAAUCAUAGAGAAAAGUGGAUACCAAGCUCUGCCUUGGGUGAGGUACAUCACACAGAAUGGGGAUUACCAAUUACGAACCAAUUGAGCAUAUUAGCAAUGGCAUUUCUGACUUCUGGAAUAGUAUAACAUGCGCACACUGCAGCGCUAAUCAUAUAUCUAUUUUUACUUGAAUCUGUGUGAGAGUGUAUAUAUUCAAUAACAUUAUCAUGUCCUGUUGGGCGUGCUGCAUAAACUAAAGCUCACCAAUGUUUAGGUAUGCACUAGAAUGAUGUUUUUUUUUGAGCUGCAUCUUUUUGAAAUUGUAGACCAACAAACAAAAAAUAAAAUUUUAGUGCAAUAAAUUGUUACUAGUUA